UGGGAACUAGAGUGUGUACCAACGUCAUGGAAUGAGUCGAUAGUUGUCCCUAUCUUUAAAAAGGGUUCACGUUGUUCCUGUAACAACUAUCGGGGGAUAAGUCUACUUCCGAUUGCGUCCAAGCUAUUGGCUUCCGUCAUACUUCGUAGGUUGUUCAGAACCCGAGAAGGAUUGACUCGCGAGGAGCAGGCUGGGUUUCGUUCUGGUCGAGGAUGUAUUGAUCAUAUCUUCACCCUCCGCCAAGUGUUAGAACACCGUCAUACUUAUCAAAGGCCAACAAUCGUAGUGUUUCUUGAUAUCAGGGCUGCCUUCGAUUCGUUGGAUAGGUCUGUUCUCUGGGAUUGUCUAUUGAAGAAGGGUGUGCCUGAGAAGUUUAUUAACAUCCUUAAAGCCCUAUACACAAACACCUCAGGCAGAGUGAGGGCAUACAACCACCUUUCUCCACUAUUCCAUUCAAGCAGUGGAGUUAGGCAGGGUUGCCCAAUCUCACCAUUCCUCUUCAACUUUGCCAUCGAUGACAUUCUGGAAACAGCUCUGAUGGAUGUAAGUAAUGGGGGUGUGGAUCUGUUGCCUGGAAAAAGACUUCUCGACCUUGAGUAUUGGAUGAUAUUGUCUUACUGUGCGAGAAUGUUCAAGCCAUGCAAUCCGCACUUAAUCAGUUGGCAAUCAAUGUCCGUAGGUAUGGUAUGUGCUUCGCACCUUCAAAGUGCAAAGUACUCCUACAAGAUAGGCAGGAUUCUAAUCCUGUACUCACUCUGGAUGGUGAGCAGAUAGAAGUGGUCGAGAAGUUCGUGUAUCUGGGUAGCUGCAUAAGUGCUGGUGGUGGCGUGAGUGAUGAGAUCAAUGCACGUAUGGUGAAAGCCAGAGCGCCUUAUGCCAAUCUGGGCCACCUUUGGCGCCUUCGUGAUGUUAGUCUGGCUGUAAAAGGUCGGAUCUACAACGCGACGGUGAGAGCAGUUUUGCUCUAUGCUUGUGAAACCUGGCCUCUCCGAGUUGAGGAUGUUAGACGACUCUCUGUGUUUGAUCAUCGUUGUCUCCGAAGGAUUGCUGGCAUCCAGUGGCAACACUAUGUCAGUAAUGCAGAGGUCCGGCAUCGUGUGUUCGAUCACAGAGACGAUAAUGAAAUUGGUGUCACUAUCUUGAAACACCGACUUCGGUGGCUUGGACAUGUUUUACGAAUGUCGUCCCAGAGAAUUCCACGUCGUGCAUUAUUUGCCGACUCUGGGACUGGUUGGAAAAAGCGGAGAGGUGGUCAGUAUAUGACAUGGUGUCGUGGUAUGAAAGAAAGCUGCAAAGGGCUAGCUUCUGUUGGUCCUUCACGACUCCCUGGUUGGGGUCCGAGAGAUGGUGUAACGCAGUGGCUAGAGACGUUAUCAGAUAUAGCUCAGAAUAGAAGCCAAUGGCGAUCCUGCUGUAACCUUCUUUUACUUUCUUCAUAAAAAGUGGUUGUAUCUCCCUUAACUGAAAGAUUUCUUAUGAUUGUACCUUUCCGUUUUCCCCAUCAUUGUUCUCUCUCUCUUUUUUUAUAUUUAUUUAUAAUUCCCCACGUUCAUUACUUUUUUUUCUCUUUUCUCCUUCUCUUCAAAUUAUCAUUGUUUUGUGUGGCGCAUAUAUAUUUGGUGCCCCCCUGUACCAAUAUUUAUGUGUUCAAAUAAAUAAAU